GAAAGUGUGGUCGGGGGUGACAGAACGAGCGCCAGAUAAAACAGCAAUGUCUAUUUGCGGCUAUAUAUAUAUGUACACAAACGGUAUUGCACGGCGACGGCCCUUAGUGUGCCGGGUGUACGCGAGGAGGGAACAGCUCGGCUUAGACAUCCUGUUCUGAUGCUCAAGAUGAAGACAGCCAUUUCGCUUGUCCUACUCUCCUUGGCAGUCACUGUAGUCUGCACGACGCCUCAGAACUGCGCCAACGUCAACUGCGCCGCUGUCACGUGCAACCGUGUGAACUGCAAAUGCGGUGCCUACAAGGACGACUGCGGGUGCUGCGACCUCUGUUACAAGUGUCCCGGUGAGGUGUGCGUUCCCCUCUACCAGCACCGCUGCACCGAACACCACGACUGCGUGCUCGACAACCCCAACGUGCGCAUCGAGUUCGGCUCCCGAGGGCAGUGCAAAUACGUGCAGCAGCAGCACGACCACAGCAACUGCACCGAGGAGCACUGACUAAAGCUGGCUGCCACAUCGGUCGCAGCGCGUGGGGGAAGACUUGAAGCACGGCGAUAGACGAAUAAAGUCCGGCGGAAGCCCGCACAGUGAAAAGAUUCGUGAAAGCGAAAAUUGCCAUCCAGUGGAUUGUAUAUAGCUCGAAGCUACUGCGGAAAGCCAUACGGGUUUCUCAGAAAGAAAAGCUUCGCAGUUGGCGUUGGUCCCGGGUUCGUUCACAGGGCCACGGGCGCUAGUUCGGACAUCGGCGAACGCUGCCAUAUUGUCGAAUUCUGUAUUGGCGGCAUUUUUAGCCAACCAGAGCAGGCCUCUGGGUCAAUCAGAGUUGAGAAGACGGCGAACUCGACAAUUCGCAGGAAUACGCCAUUACCCAGAACAGCACCGCCGGACCGGAUGAAUUUCUCGUCAACUAAGGAGCUUUCUUUCUGGGAAACAUACAUAUUUCCUUUGUAUCUUCAUGCUACGUUAGGGGGGAGGGGAAGGGGUCAAUUUUUCCUUUAAUAAACAAAUGUGUGGAUACCGA